UAGUUACCAAGCAACGAAGACCGAAAUCCGGAAUGGAGCUCUGUAUAUAAGUGGAGCGGAGCGGCAGAGAGAGUUCUUCAUAAUCACGCCGCCGUGGCUCCACUCCGGGUUUUUUCACUUCCCACACCCCAUAUCGAGAGAAACCCAGCUCUGAGCAAUCGUGGAACCAGAGAAAACGCGGACAGUAUUUGGGAAUGUCACAGUCCUGCUCAGACAGAGAGUGGUAUUUUCCUGGAACAGUUGUGUGUGAGAUGCUUUAUGUGUCUCUAAAGCGAUGCAUCCACUUCUGUAUGGAGACCUUACUUUGUGCUUGGCUUUGGUGGUCUGUGCACAGAGUCCUUCGUGUCCGUCUCUGUGCACCUGUGUGCUCCAUGGUCGCAGCAAUGCCAAGGGACUCAGAACUGUGCUCUGUAAAAACCCAGCCUUGACUGCCAUUCCAGUAGGUCUGCCAAGUGAUGCAGUCAAGUUUCGUUUAGAGCGCACCUCUGUUUCCAGGAUCUUCAGAGGUGCUUUCUCUGCCAUGCCAGAACUGCUUUAUUUGUGGCUUACAUAUAACUCCAUCAAUGUUCUUCAUCCAAGGAGUUUCACAAACCUGUCUUUCCUUCAUGAGUUACGAUUGGAUGGGAAUCUCCUGUCCUCCUUCCCCUGGGAGGGACUCAGGGAUGUGCCCCGCCUCCGAACACUUGGACUGCACAAUAACCGCCUGGCACGAAUCCCACCCCUGGCUGCACGUUACCUUGCCAAUGUGACUUACCUGGACCUCUCGAGCAACAGGCUGAGCACCCUGCCCAACGAUCUGACUGCUCUCUGGCCGUUCAGUGACAGCACUCAGACCCAGCGCUCAGUGGUUUUAGGUCUUCAGGACAACCCCUGGGUGUGUGAAUGUAGGCUUUCUACUUUGCUUGACAUUAGUAAAGCCCCAGAAAAUUCUCUGGUCCUGUUGGAUCGAUUCCUGAACUGUAGUGAACCACCGGAUCUUGCUGGAGUUCCCUUUCAGAGCGUGGAGCUCACUCGCUGCCGCAGGCCCUACGUGGUGACCUCUGCCACCAAGAUCACAGCUCUACUUGGUAGCAAUGUCCUACUUCGCUGUGAAGCUACAGGACACCCGACCCCAACACUGAUGUGGAUCAAAUCUGCUAUACCCAACCUUUAUAAACAAGGUUGUUGUAAGCAGAUGCAAAGCCGCAUGGACACUGAAAGAUUGCCCAGAAAACUUUCUGGCUAUGUACAAGAAUCUCCACGUGUGGGAAUCCGCUGGUCAGCAGUCAGUCUGAAUGGAAUAUCAUAUAGCGAUGCAGGGGAAUACCGGUGCAGAGCACAAAACAUGGCAGGGAUUUCAGAGGCCAUUGUCAGUCUGAAUGUGGUUGGGGUAAUGGCUGAAUAUGCAGACUCCAAAAAUUCUGACCAACAGCAAACAGCUGCAAAAUCAACCAAUAUAAAGAGGAAACCUAACCAGAAAUUGAAGGCAGUACCUUCUUUGUUAGCUCGAAACAUGACUAGACCACUCUCCCCUCCAAAGAGAGUCAUGAAAAUCCCCAAAGCCAGCAGAGACAAAAUGAAAAGAGACCGGACAGCUGUUCAAAACCUGCCACAGAGACACUUUUUGAUCGCUUCUGAAAAUCCACUGCAAAGAAGACAAAAACCUCAUGUCUCCAUGUCAAUUCACACCUGACACAUUUAAAUUAUAUAUGUAUAUUUUCAGGAAGUUUCUUUUUUUCAUAUGAAUGGCCAUAACGUUGUGUAUAUUUCCUCAUCUGAGAGGUUUUUUUUUAUUAUUAUUUACUCAGCUAUGACCACCAGAUGGCAGCUCUGAGCUAAAGACACUUUAAGACAAAAGGAGCUAGUGAACUGAAAUUGUACUUUUGAAAAGUGUCAAAAUUUAUGUUCCCUCACAUGAACCACUAGUUAUGUCAGUAGUCUAAUAAAAGUCACAUACAGUACAACAGUAUUAGGCUUAUAGAUGACCUAUUGCCAUGCAUUAAGAGUAUUGACAGGCUACAAUC